AUGCCGAUCGUUGGGCAAUCACCGACCCCGCCGCCGCCAAUCAAGUGCGCCGCCGCCAAUCAAGUGCGCCGUCGUGGUGGCGCAUGGCCCGAGCUUGAGCAGGCGAUGGCUCGCUGGAUCGCUAACGCUGGCCCCGCAGGCGUACCACUCACUCUGCAAACGAUCCGCGAUCACGUGGCGAUUAUGGCGCGCAACAUGGGCAUUCCGCCCGUGUUUCGAUGCUCCAUUGGCUGGGUGCGCCGUGCGUUGCGGCGCCAGGGAGUGCGGUGCCGUGCCGCCACCGGCGAGGCGGCGAGCGCCAACAUGGCUGCUGUGCGUGAAGCGCGUGAGAAGGUGCCGGCGCUUCUUACUCACCUCGGCUACCAGCCGCGCGACACCUUCAAUCUUGACGAGACAGCUCUGUGGCUCUCUGUGCUGCCCCGAAAAACAUACAGCAAUGCCCGCAUUCCGGGUCACAAGGUCUCAAAGGAGCGGCUGACCGUCGCGUUUCUCGUCAACGCCGACGGCAGCCAUGUUUUCCAGCCGCUCGUCAUCAGCAAGGCGCGCCGUCGUCAUGACUUCCGGCCGGACUACGACCCCGAAGCCUUGUUCACCAACUUCAUAUCGCAGCUCAAUGCCGCGAUGUAUGCCGAAGGGAGGGAAAUCGCGGUGCUGCUCGACAAUGCCAGCUCCCAUAUGCUGCGGGACGAGUGCGCGUGGAGCGAAAUCGUCUGCGGCAUGCGGACCACCCGCCUCAGCAACGUGCGCAUCAUCUUCCUGCCGCCGAACACAACCGCCUUCACGCAGCCGCUCGACCAGGGGAUAAUCGCGACCGCGAAGGCCCGCUAUCGCCAGCACUGGCUGCGUGCCUUCACGGCGCUGUGGAACGACGACGGCGCAACAAGCGCCGUGGCCCGCUAUCGCCCCAAUCUGCGCGAUGUGCUGGGGUGGCUCUCAGACGCCUGGAUGAGUCCGACCCCACAUGCGUACCCCGACAUUGAGCUCGACGACGACAUCGACGACGUCGGCGACCUCAUUGGCGGACUCGGCCUCGGCACCGGCGCGAUGACCGCCGUUGAGUACGUCGCCAUCGACGAGGGCGAGCCGACGUGCGCGGAGGCGGCAGCGGGCGCGACACCGGAUGAUGCGGACGUGGGCCUGGUGGCGGAGCUAUGGAGGGCGCCUACCAAGAUGCAGGCCGUGUAUGGCGAAUCCGACCCAAUCGGCCGUGAAGCGCGGCGCACGGCACGGGCGGCCAGCGAGAUGCUCAUCGGCUACGCUCGCGCCGUGAGCGUGACGCCGCGCGACCUUUGCCACCUGUUCGACAUUCGUAAUCCGAUUAUCAGGGAGCGCAUGGAGCGGGCAAGCCCCGCGCUCAAUCUCAACACGGCCCCACCGCGGCGGCUUUCGCCGACCGUAACUCCGCCGCCUGACACCCCGCGUCCGAGGGGCCGAGUGCUGCCUGGCUGGAUGACCCAGCCGUCCCGCCGUCAGCAGCUUCUGGACGCCGGGGUUGGCGCCGCGAUGGGCGGGUACGUGGAGGCGGCAGAGUGGAUGCAUGUGUGA